GAGCGCUAUUAUUAGGUAUCGUACAUAUCUUUAACUUGGUGACUUGCGAGACGUGUGUGUUUUAAGUUGGAUGCUGUAUCUGCUCAUCAUUUUUAUUGAAAAACAAUUUCAAUAGUGCAAUGCAUUCAUUGAAUAUCAUCACAACUGUGUGGCUUAUGUGAUAAGAUUGUAGGUCAGAGGUGAAUUAAAUUGGUCAGUAGAAGCAAGAUGACUACUACAGCGGAGCAGGGAUAUAAAGGCGGGUUGGGCUCGCUGGCAUCGCCCCGCGACCUAGACGAGUAUAACGAAGUUGAUGACGAGGACGAGAUGGUUGCCGCGGAGCGCGAUUUAGCCGAAGACGCGCAAUGGAAAAAAAUCCAACAAAAUACCUUCACGAGGUGGGCAAACGAACAUUUAAAAACGGUACAAAAGCACAUAGGAAAUUUGGAAACAGAUCUAAGUGACGGAUUACGUUUAAUUACACUAAUUGAAGUACUCUCAGGACGUAAACUACCAAAACAUACGAAAAGGCCGACUUUUCGUUCGCAAAAAUUGGAAAACGUAUCAGUGGCACUCAAGUUUCUCCAAGAAGACGAGAACAUUAGAAUUGUAAAUAUAGAUUCAUCACAUAUAGUGGACUGUAAAUUAAAACUUAUAUUAGGAUUAAUAUGGACAUUAAUUUUACAUUAUUCAAUUUCAUUGCCUAUGUGGGAGGGAGAAGACGAAGUAAGCAAUGGGCAAGGACCUACUCCAAAACAAAGACUUCUAAACUGGAUACAGAACAAAGUACCCGAUUUACCAAUUACAAAUUUCACUACAGAUUGGUCGAGCGGUAAAGCUGUUGGAGCUUUAGUCGAUGCCGUUGCGCCAGGAUUGUGUCCCGAUUGGACGGAUUGGAAUACGAACGAUUCUGUACAAAACGCUGCAGAAGCUAUGGGCUUGGCCGACGAUUGGCUAAAUAUUCCACAACUCAUCAAACCAGAAGAAAUGGUCAAUCCCAAUAUCGACGAACAAUCAAUGAUGACCUAUUUAUCUCAAUAUCCAAAUGCCAAACUAAAACCGGGUGCCCCAUUAAGACCAAAAACAAAUCCCAAUAGGGUCCGCGUUUACGGGCCAGGAAUAGAACCGAUAGGACCGGUUGUUGGAGCGCCUGCAAAUUUCACAAUAGAAACCUUUUCUGCAGGCAUGGGAGAAGUUGAAGUGUCAGUAGAAAACCCUGUUGGCCAGAAGGAACCGGUAGAAGUUCGUUUCAACAACGAUAGGAACUUAACGUACUCAAUAGCGUAUACUCCGAAACAAGAAGGCGUCCAUAAAGUAACUGUGAAGUUUUCUGGGAGGGAGGUUCCCAAGAGUCCGUACCAGGUUACAGUUGAGGGGCACGCGGGAGAUCCCAACAAAGUAACUGCUUCAGGACCUGGGUUACAACCCGAUGGUGUUUGCAUUAAUAGAUCAACAUACUUUGAUAUUUCUACAAAAGAUGCCGGGAGAGGGGUACCCGAGGUGAUUAUAUUAGAUCCGUCAGGAAAUAAAAAUUCGGUUCCCGUAAAGGUCCGGCAGACAUCUCCCGACAUUUGGAGAUGCGAAUAUGUCUCACCGACUGUUGGUUUACAUUCCGUUAAUAUAUUUUUUGCUGGAAAAUCCAUUCCAAACAGUCCUUAUGGCGUACGUAUAUCACCUGUAUCUGAUGCGAAGAAAGUCAGAGCAAGCGGUAGAGGUUUACAACCACAAGGAGUUAGAGUAAAAGACGAUGCAGAUUUUAAAAUAUACACCGAGGGUGCCGGCGAAGGGCAUCCUGAAGUAAAGAUUAUCGGACCUGGUGCUGUAGCAAUUCCUUGUAAAUUACACAAAGUUGACGGAACAACGUAUCAAGUCGUAUACAAUCCUCAAAAAGAGGGAAGGUAUAUUGUGAUGGUCACAUUCGCUGGCCAAGAAAUCUACAAAUCUCCUUUCGAAGUCAAUGUAGGACCUUACAAAGAAACGCAAAUUCGCGCAUAUGGGCCCGGUUUAAUGGGAGGAGUUACAGGCUAUCCGGCUCUGUUCACUGUGGAAACCCAUGGAGAGACGGGCGCGUUAGGAUUUAGUAUUCAAGGCCCUUCGCAAGCAAAAAUAGACUGUCACGAUAACGGAGACGGUUCUGCAGAUAUCAAGUAUUACCCCACCGCCCCAGGUGAAUAUGCAGUGCAUAUACUUUGCGAUAACGAAGACAUUCCAAAUAGUCCAUAUAUUGCUCAAAUUUUUCCGACCACUGAUUACUACCCUGAUAAGGUGGAGGUGUAUGGGCCUGGUAUUGAACCAACAGGAGUACACAAAGGGAAGCCUGCUACUUUUUCCAUUGACACGCGCAAAGCAGGAUCGGCCCCACUUGACGUACAGGUCAUGGACCCCAAGUGUAACAAAGUAGACGUAAAUUUAAAACAAAAAGCUGACGGUCUCGUCGACGGCUCUUACACCCCUAAAACUGGAAAUAAACACACAGUUCAGGUUAAUUACGGAGGAGUUGCAACCAAUAACUCUCCAUUCAGAGUUUUUGUGUCAGAACCACUGGAUAUUACAAAAGUUCACUGCUUUGGUCCCGGAAUCCAAAAUGGAGUGAAAACUAACACGCCCGCCCAUUUCAAUGUUGACGCCAGAGACGCUGGGCAGGCUGAUUUAGAAGUGGUACUUAUGAAUGAAGACACUAGACACGAAAUUCCUGUCAACGUUGCAGAUAACGAAGAUGGAACUUAUACUGUAGAUUAUGAAACUCCACACUCCGGAACGCAUUCAGUUACGCUGCAUUAUGGCGGUUUCAACGUGCCUAGUACUCCAAUCAAGUUUAAAGUCGAGCCAAAUGUCGAUGUGUCGAAGAUAAAAGUUGACGGAUUGGAACCAACGGCACCAGUGAAUAGUUUACAACAAUUCCGAGUUAUAACGCACGGCGCUGGAAAGGCGGAAUUUGCCGUUUCUAUUACAAGUCCCUCGGGAAGUAAAGUAAAAGCGCACGUUAUUCCAACGCACGAAGGUUUUCUCGUUAAUUUUACCCCAACCCAACUUGGAGAAUACUUACUCGGAAUAUCUUUCGGAGGAGAACCAAUUUCACAUAAGCCAUUUAGAUUAACUUGCUUGACCGGAAGUGACCCUUUGAAAGUGAAGGCUUCCGGACCCGGUUUGCAUAGAGGGAUUGUUAACAAACCGGCGGAGUUUAUGAUAGACACUCGAGGAGCAGGACAAGGGGGACUUGGUGUAACCGUGGAAGGACCUUGUGAGGCCGCUAUUAACUGUAGAGAUAACGGAGACGGCACAUGCUCAGUUGCCUAUCUCCCUACAGAAAUUGGAGAUUACGUUAUUAACAUUACAUUUAACAAUGAUCAUAUACCUGGAAGCCCUUACCAAGCUAUUGUUGUACCUGGUGUAGACUUCACCAAAAUUAAAGUCUCUGGAAAUGGUAUCCAGUUUCAUGGUGUUUAUGUUGAUUCUCCCACGGAUUUCUUGGUCGAUACGCGAGGAAUACCGAAAUUACGAGAUGAUGGUAAAGUGACCUGCACAAUUACGAAUCCGUCGGGUGCCCAAACUGAAAAAUUAGUAACACCUUUGCUCGAUGGGACCUAUAAAGUUAGCUACACUCCAUUUGAAGAAGGAAGACAUACUAUAGAUAUAUUUUAUGACAAUAUGCCAGUCCCUGGAUCGCCAUUUAUAGUUAAUGUAAGGCGAGGGUGCGAUGCCAAGAAAUGUAGAGCGUUUGGACCUGGUCUUGAGCAAGGUUUCGUUAAUAGAGCUAACGUUUUUACUGUAGAAACAAAAGGUGCCGGAACUGGAGGUUUAGGGUUAGCUAUUGAGGGUCCUUCUGAAGCGAAGAUGACCUGUGCAGAUAAUCGUGAUGGUUCCUGUUCUGUGGAGUAUAUCCCAACAGAAGCUGGGGAAUAUGAUGUAACAAUUAAAUUUGCUGACGAACAUAUAACUGGUUCGCCCUUCAAAGUGAACAUUGAGUAUGAGGUCGACGCAGACUUGGUAACAGCAUAUGGGCCUGGCUUAGAUCCAUCACACUGUAGAACUGGCGUACCAACAAAGUUCACCAUUGACACGUCAAAAUCGGGCAGAGCUCCAUUAUCGGUUAAUAUUCGAUCUGAUCAAGGAGCUUUACCUAAGAAACCCGAAAUUGUGGAUAACGGUGAUGGUAUUUACGACGUAACGUACAUCCCUCCAAACGAAGGGGCGAAUUUGCAAGCGCAAAUUUUAUAUAAUGGGAAAGAUAUACCUCACAGUCCGUUUCCACUGCGAGUUCGUCCCUAUGCCGAACCCGACAAUGUCAAACUUAGCGGGCCCUGCAUAACCGAAAAAUCCGUGCCUGCCUCCAUUCCUACCACAAUUCAAGUUGACACUAACGACGCUGGGUAUGGUGAUUUAGAAGUUCGAAUUAUGGGACCGGAUGGCCAUUUGCGACCAGUAAAAAUUACAGACAAUUUGGACGGAACGUUCGGGGCGACCUUCACUCCUGACGAUUGUGGAAGGUACAAAGUGGAUGUGAAAUAUGCCGAUCAAGAAGUUCCCCGAUCUCCUUUCCACGUACAGGUUUACGCAGUGGGAAAUGCCGAAAAGUGUAAAAUUACGCAAGGCGCUCAAAAACACCUGGUUAGCGGAGAAGAAUGUUGCAUUGUCGUUAAUGCAGAAAAUGCGGGUGUUGGUGCUGUGACUUGUAGAAUCCGAUCGACUUCUGGCAGUGAUCUCGAUAUUGAUAUCGUCGAUAAUGGUGAUGGAACAUUCAACAUUUACUACAACGUUAAAGACGCCGGGGAUUACACCGUCAGUAUCAAGUUUGGUGGCCAACCAGUUUCUGGAGGAUUUUACACUUUCACUGCAGAGGAACAUAUAACACAAACCGAGAAAACCUAUUCCGGUACGCACACAGAAGUAAAGAAGACUACCGCCCCACUUCAGAAGCAACCAUCCUAUAGGGUUGUAAACCUUGAUAAUAUUCCUCUGCCGACUACAGGAGGACACGUUACAGCGGAUAUCAAAAUGCCAAGCGGAAACAUAGACAAACCUGUAAUCGAAGACAAUCGGGAUGGAACCGUUAGCAUUAAAUACGAUCCACGUGAGGAAGGGCUUCACGAAUUGUCGGUGAAGUACAACGGCGAACACGUCCAAGGUUCUCCAUUUAAAUUCCACGUAGAUUCUAUAAGUUCGGGCUACGUAACUGCUUAUGGGCCCGGGCUUACGCAUGGUGUAAGUGGCGAACCCAGUAAUUUCACCAUUUCCACAAAGGGUGCUGGAGCCGGCGGCCUAUCGUUAGCCGUAGAAGGACCUAGUAAAGCCGAAAUCAGUUGCCACGACAAUAAAGACGGAACAGUGUCGGUGUCAUAUCUUCCUACGGCGCCCGGAGAAUACAAAAUAUCAGUAAGGUUUGGAGAUAAACACAUUAAAGGUUCGCCGUUCAACUCCAAAAUUACUGGGGAAGGUCGAAAACGUAAUCAAAUAUCUGUUGGAUCGUGUAGUGAAGUUUCUCUACCGGGAAAAAUAUCUGACGAUGACAUCCGCGCUCUAAACGCUUCGAUUCAAGCUCCUAGCGGCUUGGAAGAACCGUGCUUCUUAAAGAGACUACCUACUGGCAAUAUCGGAAUAUCGUUUACGCCGCGUGAAAUUGGUGAACAUGUUGUGUCAGUUAAAAAAAUGGGAAAACAUAUUACAAAUUCUCCUUUUAAAAUUAACGUAUGUGAAAGAGAGGUUGGAGACGCGAAGAAAGUUAAAGUUUCGGGAACGGCAUUAAAAGAAGGUAAAACGCAGGUAGACAACAUGUUCUCUGUCGAUACGCGAAAUGCUGGUUUUGGAGGUUUGUCGCUCUCCAUUGAAGGUCCUAGCAAGGCAGAAAUCCAGUGCAACGAUAAGGAAGACGGCACCUUAAAUAUUUCGUACAAACCCACCGAACCUGGGUACUACAUCAUUAAUUUAAAAUUCGCCGACCAUCAUGUACAAGGAUCUCCGUUUACUGCCAAAAUUACGGGCGAGGGUUCUAAUCGCCAACGUGAAAAGAUCCAAAGGGAACGCGAAGCGGUUCCAAUUACCGAAGUUGGAAGUCAAUGUAAAUUGACCUUCAAAAUGCCAGGUAUUACAGCAUUUGAUUUGUCCUCCAACGUAACCUCGCCGGGUGGGGUCACCGAAGAUGCAGAAAUCAAUGAAGUUCAAGAUGGCUUGUAUGCCGUUCACUUUGUCCCUAAAGAACUGGGUAUUCAUACCGUCUCUGUUAAGUACAAGGAUAUGCACAUACCUGGUUCACCAUUCCAAUUUACGGUUGGACCCUUAAGGGAUCACGGAGCUCAUUUAGUUAAAGCGGGAGGUGGCGGUUUAGAACGUGGUGAACAAGGAGAGAUUAACGAAUUUAACGUGUGGACCAGAGAAGCCGGUAGUGGUCAGUUGGCCAUAUCUGUUGAAGGACCGAGCAAAGCUGAAAUUCAAUUUACGGAUCGUAAAGACGGAUCUUGUGACGUUGCGUAUAAAGUUUCAGAACCAGGCGAAUAUAGAAUUGGGAUUAAAUUCAACGAUGAGCAUGUGCCAGAUUCUCCGUAUAAAGUUUACAUUUCACCGGCUGUUGGAGACGCCCAUUUAUUAGAAGUGGCGCAAUUCCCUCAAGGAUGUGUUCAGGCCGAUACACCUUCUCAUUUCAUUGUGAAAAGAAACGGGGCUGGAAAAGGAGACCUCGAUGGCAAAAUCAUAGGACCUUCUGGCCAUGAAGAUGAUUGCUUCAUUCAAAUUAUUGACGCAGAGGAAUAUUCCGUAAGAUUUAUGCCGAGAGAAAAUGGAAUCCAUAAAAUUCAUGUGAAGUACAAUGGGGUCCAUAUCCCUGGAUCACCAUUCCAAGUAAAAGUUGGUAAAGACACUGCCGAUCCUGCGGCCGUUCAUGCUCAUGGAAAUGGCUUGAAGGAUAUUAAGACAGGUGUUAAAACUGAUUUCGUCAUUGACACUCUUAACGCCGGUGCGGGUACAUUGGCGGUCACCAUUGAUGGUCCAAGUAAGGUCUCUAUGGAUUGCACAGAGGUAGAAGAAGGGUACAAAGUUCGUUAUACACCAUUAGCUCCAGGGGAUUACUACGUUAGCAUAAAAUACAACAACAAUCAUAUUGUUGGUUCUCCAUUUAAAGUUCACAGCACAGGGGAUUCUACGAUGGUCGAUGUUGGUUCGCAAGAAACGUCUUCGGUUAUUGUUGAAACUGUUGCCAAAGUAAGUAAAGAAGGCGGUGUAAAGGCGUCAAUACUGCCAGUUUUCAAAAGUGACGCCUCUAAAGUGAGCUCAAAAGGAAUGGGCUUAAAGAAAGCGUAUAUUGGGAAGCAAAAUCAGUUUACAGUCUCCGCCAAUACAGCUGGCACGAAUAUCUUGUUUGUGGGAGUACAUGGACCAAAGGGUCCUUGCGAAGAAGUCUUCAUCAAACACCAAGGCCAUAAUCAAUAUCAAGUCAAUUAUGUUGUUCGAGAACGCGGUGACUAUAUUAUUAUUCUCAAGUGGGGCGACGAUCAUGUUCCGGGCUCUCCUUUCAAAGUGGAAGUUUCGUAAUGGAUGGACUUGAGAUAAAAGUUCAAUACGUUAAUUAAUUUUUAUCAUUUUGCUAUUGAUACUUAAUUUAUAUGUUUUCGCGUUUUUUCCUAAAUUUUGUGCCAUUUCGUCAUUUUUCUACCUAUUAAGCACAUCUCUAUAUAAUCAACGCGAAAUUUAAUAUUUUAUUAUUGCUAUUUAAAAUGGUGCUUACGUGUACAUACCUUUGUUCCCUAAGUCUUUUGAUUGCAAGUAAUAUUUAUUUUUAAAAAAUUAUAUUUUACUAUCGAUAUAUGAAACUAUUCCCAUUUGUCGUUAUUCUUUACUACUAAAAAUUUAGACAUAAAUCUGAGUAUGAAUGUUACUUUUAAUUAAAAUAAAAUUUGCUUACGAAAA